UCCAAUCCAAAGCUCGCUGGGUUUUUUAGUCGUUGGAAAGCUUCGAGCGAGUCGCUUAGCGUUGGUUUUUGGUUGCUUGCGGUGACUUUUAUGUUUAGUGUUUUAAUUUUGCCCAUUUCCUCCUGCAGAUGACGUGGUGGAUACUGAAACGAUCACUGCAACUGGAAAAAUGAGCUGUGAAAACUUGUCCAGCGACACAGAAAGUCUAGUAACGGAAGAAGAGGUCACACCACCAACAAAUUCUGACGAGGAGGAAGAACCUGAGCCAGAUCUAACAGAUGAAGAUUUUGAAUACCAAGUGGUAAACGCUUGCAAAAAUUUCACAAAAACUAUAAACGAUCUCGCCACGAGGAAAGAUAUAUGUGUGGCUAAAAAUAAGGACGCGCGUCUCCUUCUGGACAAGGCUAACGCAGGAGUGGCAUCGGCUAAGCAAGACUUAGAUAGGAAGGAAGCCAAUUGUAGAUCUUUACGAGAAAGUCUGGAAUCACUGCGUCGGCAAGUAAGUUGGGCCGAAGAACAAUUGCAAAUUUCUCGAAAGCAGUAUGACAGAUGGCUGAGGGAUGAAGAGACUGCUAACAAGGAAUUCAAAUACUCUGUGAAGGAUCUGCGCAGAUUGGAGAUGGCGGAAACGCUCAUGGCUAAACAUUUCACCAACUUUUUUCAACAAAAGAAGAAAGCCUACGCCCUUCAGUGUACUAAAAGCGGCCAGUGAAGCGCCAUGGAAAUAUGCUAAGUACCUACCAAAUUAUUGGAGAAAUGUAAUUUUUUUGUAAAAGUUGCAUUGAUGUAUUUGUUGUAGUAGGUACUGAUCCGUAUAACCUCUGUAAGACUGUAUACUAGUUCUUAA